UAUAUAGCUAUAAAUUCUUGCUCUCUAAUACGUAUGCUUUCUUUUGUGCGAAAUGCCGACUAUCCUAGAUGGUCUCACCAUCAAAACUACAUUUCUGUUCCCUUAUUUAACGUCAUUUUUUUCGAAGUUUUGUCAACUUGAACUUGUAUAAGCAAGUGCAAAGUUGUACAUUCAUUGUAAGAUAACGCUGACUAAUAAAUGAAGAGUCUUCGCCUACAGCUAACUGCUGUAUAAUUUGCAGAACAAUUGUUUUUCAUUCUGUUGGUUGACUUGUGGAAAACAAUCACUUUAUUGUUUGUUGUUGAAUAAUUUCCUUUUCCCCUUUUUUUGGUUCUUUUUUUAGGUAAUAACCUAUGGCAUCUGAGCUGGAAGCAUACGUCGGUCGUACUGUCAAUGUAAUCACUUCUGAUGGACGAACUAUUGUGGGUACUCUAAAAGGCUUCGACAAUGUUGUAAACCUUGUCAUUAAAGAUAGUCAUGAAAGAGUAUUCAGUCCAACUGAAGGUGUUGAACAAGUCCCAUUGGGUUUAUUCAUUAUCCGUGGACAAAAUGUAGCUUUAGUUGGUGAAGUCGACGAGGAUUUGGAUAGACGAAUCGAUUUUACACAACUACGAGCUGAACCUUUAAAUCCUGUUGUACAUUAAUUGUUAUUUUAUUAUAAUACAGUUGUUGAUAUUUUAGUCUUUGUUUCUAUGUCAUCAAAACAUAGGUCGAUUUAAUGUAUACUUAUUAUUAUUAUUCCCUUGGGUUCCAAGUGGAACAUAUGGCUGGCUUCAACAACACAUCUUUACUUUGUUCUACUUUCUACCGUCCUCUUCAGAUGGGUCCACGAUUGCCCAUAAUCUCUCAUCUCCCUUUUCAUCUAGUUAGCUAGCUUGCUAGUUUCCUAGCCGG